GAGAGAGAGAGAGAGAGAGAGAGAGAGAGAGAGAGAGAGAGAGAUAGUGAGGGUUUUAGAGGACUGGAGGAGCUGAGGACACAGAACUUGUCUCCUGUCUGCUGAAAGUUCACCAGGAGCAGCUUCUCCUCAAGAUGAAGGCCACUGCAAUCGCCAUGCUGAUGCUGACUCUUCAUCACAUGUGCUUUUCCUCUGCUCAGGAGUGUCCGUCCACUCACGACCUGAUGACCUCACUGCGACAGGUGGAGAAGAUGUUGGCCGUCCAUGAAGCGUCGUACCAACAGGGACUUCGCUCCCUCAGGAAGAAGCUCACUGCUCUGCACAACAGCACCGUGGCCAUGUUUAAGAUUGACAAGAAUGGCGUGUCCUGCCCCAAACCAGAGCCUCCUGCUCACGGCCGCAGACUGGGCAGGGUGUUCGGUGUUGGACAUGAAGUCCACUUCCUGUGCAAACCCGGUUACGAGCUGAUUGGUCCACGAACCCGAGUGUGUCUGGAGUCUCUGAGGUGGAGCGGCCAGCAGCCCAUGUGCAGACGCGAGUCAGGGUUCAACAGCACAGGAAACUCCCUGGCCUCCUUCUCUCCUGCUGCUCGCUCCUCGCUGUCCUCAUCCUUCCCCGUCUCUGCUGCUCUGUCAGGAUCCUCCUCUGUCUUAUCUCCCCCGGCAACAUCCUCAGCCUCUCCUCUCACCUCCUCCUCCUCCUCAGUCUUGCCCACAUCCUCCACCCUCUCAGCCUCUGUGCGGCCUUCUCACUGCACCCACUUCCUGGGCUCCACACGCUGCACCUGUGACGUGGGUUUCACCAUAUCAGGGCGUGACAACAACAUCUGCACAGAUAUCAACGAGUGUCGUCUGUUUCCACUCGGUCAGCCCGGUCGCCUCUGUGUCCAUCAGUGCGUCAACUCUCCCGGCAGCUUCCACUGCUUCUGUCCAGAUGGGUACGAUCUCGACACAGACGGACGCAGCUGCACAGACAUUGAUGAGUGUGAAACCAGGAUGCACAACUGCACAGCAGACCAGGUGUGUGUGAACACGUACGGGGGUUUCCAGUGUGCGGCGGUGACGUGUCCUCACAUGAAGAACGCCACAUAUAUAAAGACGUCGCCAAUGCGCUGUGAGAGGAACCCGUGCAUGCUGGGAGACAAGGCCUGCACCCAGGCGCCAAAUUCAAUCUCCUUCCACUUCCUGUCUGUGGUGUCCAACAUGUCCGCCCCUCGGGUCCUGUUCCGAGUGUCAGCGGCCCGUGUGCUGGGCGACACACUGCGUUUUGGUCUGGCGGGCGGCCGUGGACGGGGCCACUUCAGCGUGCAGCGCUCGGGCCGACAGACCGGCACGCUCCUCCUGGUGACGCCCAUCAAAGGUCCCGCUGCUCUGGAGGCCGAGGUGGAGAUGAGCGAGCUGGAGCACAACGCCCUGCUGGGCCGCUACCUCACGAAGGUCACGCUGUUCGUCUCUCCAUACGAGUUUUAAGUGGAGGAUGGGUGAGAGGAGAUGAGGUGGUAAAAAAUCUUAACCCAGUUUACCAACAAAGAACUGUUAUA